UUUGGCUUUUCUCAGACUUGGUCUUUAUUGCACCUGAAAUUCGAAAACUCGCUCCGCCCUCCCCCCCAAAUAGCAAUACAGAGCCAUACAAUGGCGAUGGCUGGUCCUCGUGAAGCAGCGAACGCGUUCAUUGCCGCGCUGAGCGACGCCGUGCAGAGCAUUCGGUCGACCGAUCCGAGCGCAGACGCAGCCCAGACACCCUCUUCAUCAUCGUCAUCGCCAUCCGCUACUCAUAGCAGCAGCAGCAGGGAUACUGCGAUGCUGCGAGGCGUCUUCCAGUUCCGCGUCAGCAAUCCCGACAUGCAGUUUGUCGUUGAUCUCGCUGCGACUCCGCCAGUCUGGCUGGGCACUGCAUCCGCGCCAGAUUGCACGCUGAUAUGCGCGAUUGAGGACUUGCAAGCGAUUGCGAUGGGCCAAAUGUCCAUGCCGACCGCGGUUUUGCGACGUAAGAUCAAGAUUGAAGGCAACCGGAACAGCCUGCUGCAGCUCGCUCCAGUGUUCAAACGUGCUGCUGCUGCUCACCAUGCAACAUCAAGCAACAAGUCUGCGGCGCAUGGAAUUCACGCGAACGGGGUCAUUGCCCAGCGCCUGGCCGAAAUUGCCGCCACAAACUCAAACUCAAACUCGCCAGCGCCGUCGUCGUCAGCCGACAGCAGACUUGGCAGCUCAAUCCAAGGAGCUCCGACGUAUGAGAUGCGUCUGACAUCGCGCGCGCAUUGGGCUCACGACAUGUCCGCCACCGAGUGUCCUGCAUGCUUGGUGCGGUUCUCUUUGAUGGUGCGGCGCCACCACUGCCGCUUCUGUGGAAUGGUCUUUUGCGCCACAUGCACCGCCCAUACCCUUGCAGAUGCACGCGUGUGUUUGACUUGCUUUCCCGUGGCCAUCGCUGCACGGCUCAGCGAUCCCAUCCCGUUCGGCAUGCUCACAGCUGCCGAGAAACUGCGCUUGGCAGACAUGUCGCGUUUGACUUCCCGAGCCGAAAGUAUCGCCGAGACACCAUCAGAGGACGACGAAAGCCCAGGCGACCUUGCCAAUGGCGGUGGUGAUGACUCGGACGAUCUGUCGCCGGAACUCAUCAUCUACUCGCCUCCUCGCGAUGCUCAUCAUCACCUCCGUCGUGCCAACUCAGACACGGUUGUCGAAGAAUCCGUCCAGCUGCUUGGACAGAUGCCCGGCUAUCGCAUUGUUGCUCCACCCAGUUCCAGAGCGGCAGGCGCCGAGUCCACUUCUACGGCUGCGGCGCUUGAGGAAGGCCUGCUGCGUCGCCGAUUCAAACAGAGCGUCACGUCGGUGCAGGAACAGCAAGUGACUGCCAUGGUCGGAGGCGCACCAGCAUCCUUGCGGGCCUACCACGGUGUUCAUCCCAGCGAGCUCGGUCAGUCACAAGCGCCGCCAAGUCCCAUGACCGCCCGUUUCGCCUCCAUGGAGGCCAAGUUGGAUCGCUUGCAGUUCCAACUUGCAGCCCCAGCCAGUGCGUCCUUACCCGCACCGACUCGCCGACUGCCAAACCGCCGACAGCACUCUGCUGGCUCGUCUGCUGGCUCGCUGGCGCGUCUCCUUUUGGGCGUGUUGGCGAUUGCACUGGCCCUGUUGGCACUUUUCUAUCUCUUCAUGCCCCGUUUGCUCGAAAAGCAGGCAGGAUAUGCACAGGACCGUAUCACGCGGUUUGUUGCCCACAUCGGCAGCACAACUCCAAUCCGCGACACCCUAGCCCCACGUUUGCUUCCAGUCGUAGCCUGGCUGCAGAGCACGACCAUCCAGACCAUUUCUGUAGUUUUGGACGUCUAUCACAACACGAGCCUCGUUCUGCUCGCCUUGGGAGCGGCCCCGCUCGCGCUGCUCUUGUUUGUUCUCUUCGUUCGAUCCUCCAAAGGUCUAUUUGCCCGUCGCGUUUCGGUAUACUACACCGCCGUCGUGGUGAUUUCCCAUCUCAAGUUUGCACAAUUGUACUCUUCCUACUUUCGGCUCAGCAAGGAGGAGGACGACCUUUACUGGCAAACGGUUCAUUCCCGCAACGCUCGUCGUGUUUUCAACGCCAUUGUGUCGCUCAAGGGCUUCUGGGUCAAAGUUGGCCAGUACAUGAGUGCUCGCAGCGAUGUGCUUCCCGACGCUUGGAUCACGGAACUCGUGCGCCUGCAAGACCAAAUGCCGCCGCAGCCAUUCUCGGACGUCGAGGCGACCAUUCGCGAAGACUUUGGCCGGGAAGCGCACGAGCUGUUUGAAACAAUCGAAAAGACUCCCAUCGCAGCAGCAUCGAUUGCCCAGGUUCACCGAGCCACGCUGAAAAACGGCACGCCGGUGGUGGUGAAAGUGCAGCAUCGCGACGUUGACCGCAUUAUGCGCCAAGACAUGGUGAAUCUGGAGGUGAUCAUGACGGGUGUGGCCUACCUCAACCCGGAGUUUGAUUUUCGGCCGGUGGUUGUCGAGUGGGCGAAGGAAGCAGUCAAGGAGCUGGACUUUCAUAACGAGGCCGAGAACAUGGCCACGGUUGCGACCAAUCUCCGCCUGGCUGAUAUUGACGUGAUUAUUCCAGACGUUGUUCCAGACUGCACGUCCGAGCGAGUUCUUGUGCAGACUUUUGUCGACGGAUUCAAGGUGACCGACCUUGCGGAACUGGAUCGUUGUGGAGUCGAUCGACUGGCCCUUGUUCGCCGCAUCUGCCAGGCGUACGCACACCAGGUGUAUAUUGACGGAUUUUUCAACGCCGAUCCCCAUGCCGGGAACAUUCUCGUGGACGUGCGCGAUGGCAAAGCCACUCCGGUGUUGCUUGACUUUGGCCUCACCAAGAAGAUCAACCAGCGCAUGCGCCUGGCCUUCUCGCGGAUGAUUCAUGCGGCAGCAGCAAUGGAUUACGGCGGGCUCUUGCUUGCAUUUGAAGAAAUGGGGCUCAAGCUCAACCGCGACGAUCCAAUGGAAGAUAUGAAUGCGAUUCGCUUUGUUCUGCGCGAUACUUCUCCCUCCGCCGAGGCCCGUGACGAAUUCAACAAGCACGUCAAGGCACAGAUGGAGCAGUACAACCAACUUCCUCGAUCCAAACGCAACCCAGUCGACUCAUGGCCGGGAGAGCUGGUCUUCUUCUUCCGCGUGACGCAACUGCUUCGCGGAUUGUGCAGCGCCGUGGACGUCAGGCUGCCCUAUCUGAGCGUGAUGACACCGUACGCGCGGCUGGCGCUGCUGGACAAGUUUCCACACUCGCAACACGCCCGACACGUCGUGUUUCCAUCUCCAGUCCCGUCGUCGCUUGACACACGCGUGCGCCGACUCUUGCACGAGUUGCACCAGCGCGAAGAGUUUGUUGGCAUCCAAGUUGCCGUUUUCCGGCAGGGCGUUCAAAUUGUCGACGCGUGUGCAGGCACCCUGGGCACGGUUGAUCCACGUCCAGUGCGGCCUGACUCGCUUUUCAACGUCUUUUCUGCCACCAAGCCUGUGGCUGCAUUGGCGGUGCACGUGUUGGCCAGCCGUGGGCUCAUUCGCUACUCGGAUCGCGUUUCGAAAUAUUGGCCAGAGUUUGCGCAGAAUGGCAAGGGAGAUUGCACUGUCGCCCAAGCGCUGUCGCAUACGGCAGGCCUGCACGCCGCCGUUGGCGGGGGUACAACUCUUGACGAGUUGGUAGACUACGACAAGAUGCUUGACAAGGUCGCCAAGGCCACCCCAGUGCACCCUCCAGGCAAAGAGGCGCACUACCACUACCUGUCCUUCGGAUGGUUACUCGGCGGCAUCGUGCAAUCAAAGCUGACUGGAGGACGCAGUCUUUCCGAUAUUGUAAAGACCGAGAUCGUCGAGCCGCUGGGCAUCCAACACGAGGCUUUCAUUGGGCUGCCGCUGGACGAUCAGCCCGCGCUGAUCGAUCGCUGUGCCACGCUCAUCAACAGCUUUGGCAAAGACGGCGGCGCACCGUCUGCCGAGGAAAUCCAAGGCAUGGUUCGAGCCAUGCGUGCCGGGCAGACGGAUCGUGCCACCGCGGCCGCCAUUCCGAGCGCUUUCGCGGACGGCGACAUUUCCCGCGUGGCUCGUGGCGGCGGAUCUCCGCUGGACCCUUGCUUGUUCAACCUGGCACGGGUUCGAAAGGCUGCCAUCCCUGCCGCGAACGGCCACUUCAGUGCUCGCGCCUUGGCCAAAAUCUACGCUUCGUUGGCUUGCGGUGGAGCGAUUCCCCAAUCCACUGGCGCUGACCAUCGUCCACACCGACUGCUCUCAGCCGACACGGUGUCUGAUAUGCGGACGCAAGUGGCCGUCGAGCGCAGCCCGUUCACCGGCGAAGCCAUCCGCUACGGCCUGGGCGUGCGAAUCUACGGUCUCGAAAACCCAGUCACCGGCUCGGUCGCGUACACUGCGUUUGGCCACUCUGGCAUUGGCGGUUCCAUUGCCCUUUGCGACGCCGACUCGCAAGUGUCGAUUGCCAUCACCGUCAACAAGCUGACCAUGACGCGCGCAUGCACGAACGAGAUUGUGCAGUUUGUGUGUGAAGCGCUCGGCAUUGGGCUUCCCGUUGGGUUUGAGUGAGCUGUCGAGUAGUUCAUGUUUGUAUGAUUAUAAGUCUAC